AUGCCUUGGAGCGCCCUGGCCCCCUCUGAACUCCUUACAAGACCUGUAGUUCUGCAGGAAAGGGGAUCCUCCCCAGAGUGGUACGAAACAGGCCUUUGUGUGAACUACGGCAUAUAUGUAAUCACGCCUCACCUCGUCUUUAAUGCAUCCUUUUACACCCCAGCUCCUGCUGUUGAACUAGAUACCUCGGACUCCGUCUUUUGGAACAUUGACUUCAAACCCUACUACAUUGCUACAGUUUUUAUCCACAAUGAGGAGCAUCGCCAUCGCCUUCUACGUGAGUCAGGAGGCACUGCUUGCCCAUGCUCCACACCCUCUAAUUGGUCGCGCACCCAUACUUGCCUAAUCUAG